AUGAUGAAAGCCAAUAAAAUUAUAAAAUUAUUUAAAGGUACAGUUAUACAUUCAAUAGAGAUUGGUAAAGUUGAAAUUUUACCAAAUUCAUUAAUUGGUAUUGAUGAAGAUGGUGUAAUUCAACAUAUGAAAUCAAAUUAUGAAGAUUUGAAACAAUUAGAAAAGGAUGUAACAAUGAUUUGUACAGAUAAUGGUAUUAAUGAGCAAGAAUCAGUGAUUGAUAUGGGUAAUAAAUUUUUAAUUCCAGGUUUUAUUGAUACACAUGCUCAUGCACCACAAUAUCAUAAUGCAGGCACAGGUACAGAUUUACCAUUAUUAAAAUGGUUAGAGAAAUACACAUUCCCAGUAGAGAGUAAAUUCAAGGAUUUAAUAUUUGCGGAGAAUGUUUAUGGUAAAGUUGUAGACCGUAUGUUACGUCAUGGUACCACUACCUGUUGUUAUUAUGCAACCAUUCAUUUGGAGGCAAGUGAACUAUUGGCAGAGAUUGUAUCAAAACGUGGUCAACGUGCAUUCAUUGGUAAAGUUUGUAUGGAUCGUCAUUCACCAGAUCAUUACGUUGAGACUACAGAACAAUCAAUUUCCAAUACUAAAGAGUUUGUAGAUAGAAUUCUCGCCAAAGGUAACCCAUUAGUUCAACCAAUUGUCACACCACGUUUUGCACCAUCAUGUACCGAUGAACUUAUGGUAGCAUUGGGUAAUCUAUCACAUGAGAAACAAACUUUAAUUCAAUCACAUCUCUCUGAAAAUAAAGAUGAGAUUGAAUGGGUCAAAUCUUUAUAUCCAGGUAUUGAAAGUUACACUCAUGUCUAUAAACAUUUCAAUUUACUCAAUGAACGUACCAUUAUGGCUCAUUGUGUUCAUUUAUCAGAUGAAGAGAUUAAAUUAAUUUCAACUCAACAAACUGCCAUCUCACAUUGUCCAAUUAGUAAUUUCACUUUAAGUAGUGGUAAUCUUGAUGUUAGAAAGGUUUUAGAAGCAAAUAUUAAAUUGGGUUUAGGUUCUGAUAUAUCUGGUGGUUAUCAUCCUUCCAUUCUUCAAGUUAUUCGUGACUCUAUCAAAUGUUCAAAUUCUCACUUUUUCAACAAUGGUAAUCAUACACCAUUAACCUUUGAAGAGGCUUUCUAUUUAGCAACUGUUGGUGGUAGUAAAGUUGUAAACUUGGAUCAUCGUAUUGGUAAUUUCAUUGUUGGUAAAGAUUUUGAUGCUCAAAUCAUUGAUCCAUUCGUUCAAAAUUCACCAUUUGAUUGUUUCGAUGGUGAAACUUUAAAAGAUAUUUUCCAAAAAUUCAUUUAUCUUGGUGAUGAUAGAAAUCUUUCAUCAUUAUAUAUUAAAGGAAAUAAAAUUAAAUUUUAA